AUGGUAGAUUCUUCUCCCAUCAAAGAGGAGAAGCACUUUAUCACCGAGGACAGCACCCUCGUUGAUGGCCACAUAGACGAAGAGUCUCGACCUGUGAAUGCGACGGAAGACUCACAAACAGGUCAUCACGAAGAUAUUCCGCCUGCUGAGGUACACUAUGAUGAACUGCCACAGGGAAGACAGCUUGGCACGAUCUCUGCUAUCUUCUUGAUGGUAAAUCGAAUUCUUGGUACUGGUGUGUUCUCUACGACAUCAACGAUCCUCCAGCAGGGCGGCAGUGUUGGUAUGAGUCUCAUCUAUUGGGUUAUCGGCGGUUUAAUUGCUGGUUGCGGCUUUGCUGUGUAUGCGGAAUUCGCCACGGCCAUGCAUCGAAAUGGUGGUGAACUGAACUACCUGCAGCACGUGUAUCGUAAGCCGAAACAUAUGGUUGCUUCCAUGUAUGCAGCGCAGGCCUUACUACUCGGUCAGGCAGCUGGUAAUGCCAAUGCUGCUGGUCAGUACUUUAUUCGAGCUGGUGGUAAAAGUGCAUCGGAAUGGGGCUCCAAAGGCAUUGGCAUUGGCAUUAUCAUGUUUGCCCUAUUCAUGCACGGCACUAUGCUCAAGUGGGGUCUGCUCUUCCAGAACACUGUCGGUCUUUUCAAGGUGGUUAUCCUGCUGCUCAUUGUAUUUGCUGGGUUCGCCGCACUUGCGGGCCACACAAAGGGCCCUACACCACAUAACUUUUCGAAUGCUUUUGACAACACACGAAGCGAUAUCUACGGUGUAUCGCAGUGCAUUUACAAUGCCAUUUGGAGUUAUGUUGGAUAUUCGAAUUUGUUCUAUGCACUCGGCGAGGUCCAGAAUCCGGCACGCACGAUGAAGAUCGCCGGCAUCGUUUCUUUGACAACACUGACCAUUCUUUAUGUGCUGUGCCAAAUUGCUUACUUUGCUGCUGUGCCGCUGGAUGAAGUCCUCGGCAGUGAACAGAUUAUUGCCGCGGCCUUUUUUAAACACAUGUUUGGCGAGCGCUCGGCACAGGCCCUGUCAGUAUUUGUGGCACUCUCUGCUGUUGCGAAUGUGUUUGCUGUUUUGUUUGCUCAGGGUCGAUUGAAUCAAGCGUUAGGUCGUGACAACAUCAUUCCCUUUGCCAAAAUAUUUGCGUCUAAUCGGCCCUUCAACACGCCACUAGCAGGGCUCACGUGGCACGCUAUUGUGACACUGAUUCUUAUGCUUGCACCACCCCAAGAUUCUGCGUAUCAGCUGGUGCUGAGUAUCGCACAAUACCCACUUAACAUUGUGAAUACGGCGGUAGGUCUGGGAUUGUGCCUGACAUACUUGCCGCACAACUCGCGGUUCAAACUCUCGUGGCUUCGGGAGUGGCACCCGCUGUUUCGAGCGUCGUUCCCGAUAGCGCUCUUCUUUACACUCGUCUCUCUUUUCUUGGUCAUUGUGCCGUGGAUUCCGCCGCCAGCUGGCGAAAAAACCGCCACCAACGGCGACAUCUGGUAUGGCUUGGCACCUGCAGUAGCCUCGGGCUUCUUUGGCGCUGGAUUUUUGUACUGGUUUGUCUGGUAUGUCAUGAUGCCAAGGAUCGGCAAGUACAAGCUGGUCGAAAGGCAAACGACAAUGAAGGAUGGCACGCCCGUGAUGGCAUUUGACCACGUGCCUCGCGCCUCCCUUCCAAAAUAA